UGUCAAAAAUCCAAAUAACUUAUUUAUCAUCUCAAAAGCCAAGUGUGCAGAUAAGCUAUUUGUAAUAAGCUUCCCUCCAUAAACUAACUAUUGGGAAGAAAUGGCUCUAGCUGUAUCUUCAACUGCACUGUCCAACCUACCAAUAAGAGAAAUUCCAGGGAAAUUAUAUCCAAGCCAAUUGAAGAAAUGUAUGGUUGGAAGUAAUAGUAAGGUGAGUGCAGGAAAAGGAGGAAUUUCGAGUGUUUGUGAACCACUGCCACCGGAUAGGCCUUUGUGGUUCCCUGGUAGCACACCACCUCAAUGGUUAGAUGGCAGUCUUCCAGGUGAUUUUGGCUUCGACCCACUUGGAUUAGGGUCAGACCCAGAAACACUAAGAUGGUUUGCACAAGCAGAGCUAAUGCACAGCAGAUGGGCAAUGCUAGCAGUAGCAGGAAUCCUCAUCCCCGAAUGGCUCGAGUCCAUCGGUCUAAUGGAAAACUUCAACUGGUACGAUGCUGGGUCCCGUGAGUACUUUGCAGACCCAACCACCUUAUUUGUGGUGCAACUAGCCUUAAUGGGUUGGGUCGAGGGUAGGAGAUGGGCUGACUACGUGAACCCUGGAUGUGUCGACAUUGAACCCAAGUUACCCAACAGGAAGAACCCGAAACCUGAUGUGGGUUACCCGGGUGGGCUAUGGUUUGAUUUCAUGAUGUGGGGAAGAGGGUCGCCUGAGCCCGUCAUGGUUCUAAGGACAAAGGAGAUCAAGAAUGGGAGGCUAGCUAUGUUAGCCUUUGUUGGGUUGUGUUUUCAAGCUGUUUAUACCGGGGAAGGCCCUCUUGAGAACCUUAGUAGGCACGUUGCUGAUCCCGGUCACUGUAAUAUCUUCUCGGCCUUCUCACCACACUGAUGCAUGUUACCGCGGCUUCAAGCAAAGGCAGAGACUAGGGUUAGCACUAUGCGCGUGGAAGCAAAUAUGUACAAACUAACAAGAAACCGGUAGAAAAUUCCUACCGAUACUAAUUGAUAGUAACAUUCAUGUAUUUAUUUAUGUUAUAUACCAAGUAUAAACAAUAGCUACUUGCAAAUGAUUGAAGUUAUUAACAAACCAUGUUCAAAUGUAAGGAAAUGGAUGAAACAAUACAUUUGUGAAAUGCCUUAACGAUUGUUUCAUGUUGAAUAUCAACCCUAGAUUCAUUGU